ACGAGCGAGAGUGACAUCGCGACGGGCAUCUCGCUGGCCGACUGCGCGCGGUCCCCACAUCCCCUCCGUCUCCGUCUCCGUCUCCCUCUCCCUCUACAAAAGAAGCAGUAGCACUCCCGUGCGCGUCACUUCCGCCAGCGACACACGCAUCCGCAUCCGCAUCGGGCUUUCACCCCCAGUGCUGCAGAUCGGAUCCCCAUCCAUGGCGGGGCGCUUCGACCUCCAGGGCAGGCACGGCAAGUCCCGCGUCCGGGUCUCCCGCGUGUGGCGCCGCCCCGCCGAGGCCGGCGGCCACCUCUUCGUCGAGUGGAGCGUCGCCGUCAGCGUCGUCUCCGACUGCCUCCCCUCCUACACCUCCGACGACAACUCCGCAAUCGUCGCCACCGACUCCAUCAAGAACACCGUGUAUGUGAAGGCCAAGGAGUGCACGGAGGUGGUGUCCAUGGAGGAAUUCGCGGUCAUCCUCGGCAGGCAUUUCACCUCCCUGUACCCGCAGGUGUCGGAGGCUACAGUGACGAUCGUGGAGCGCCCAUGGGAGCGUGUGGCUGUGGACGGGAAGCCCCAUUCGCAUGGGUUCAAACUUGGUUCUGAAAAGCACACCACUGAGGUCACUGUGAAGAAGUCUGGAAGCCUGCUUAUAAAUUCUGGGAUACAAGGAUACUCCUUGCUAAAGACAACUCAGUCUGGAUUUGAAGGAUUCGUGAGGGACCGCUACACUCUUCUUCCUGAAACAAGAGAAAGAAUCGUAGCAACAGAAGUAACUGCUUGGUGGAGGUAUCCGUUCGAGGAUAUUUCCCAGCUUCCGUCAAAGCCAUUUUGCUUCACACAAAGAUACCAGGAUGUGAAGAAAGUUCUCGCAGACACAUUCUUUGGUCCUCCUGAUGUUGGUGUGUAUAGUCCAUCAGUGCAGAAUACAUUAUACCUCAUGGCUAGGGAAGUUCUUACCAGGUUCCCAGACAUAGCAUCCGUUCAGCUUAGGAUGCCAAACCUCCACUUUCUUCCCGUGAACCUAGGGGGGAAAGAAAAUCCUGGAUUGGUGAAGUUUGCUGAUGAUGUGUACAUGCCGACUGAUGAGCCACAUGGAACCAUUGAAGCAACGUUGAGCCGCGCCAACUCAAAGCUGUAAUUUCCUUUUCUUUGCCUUUUCCCCUGAGGAAAAACUGUAAUUAACAAUCAGGGAUGGUACCCAGGCUCAUGAUUUAGUUUGGCUUCUUCAAGUUCAAAAUCACCAAUAAACAAAGUAAUAGGGGGGAAAAGUCUAGGGCAAACCUUUGCAAAAGGGAAAAUGAUGUAAGCUUUGCAUGUGUUCAGCUAAAAUGACUUGUACAUGGCCAA